GAGGCAGGCCUGGGCUUCAGCAGUGGAGACAUUCUGCAGAUCUUCAACCAGGAGGACCUCAACUGGUGGCAGGUCAGUCACUUCUAAUGGACAACCACUCUUAAGUCUUUCACUUUAUCGUGUUCAUCCUAAAUAGUUUUCAAUGUAUUGUUGUUUAAUGUAGUGAUAGAACAGCUUUAUGUAUUUAUUUCCAUCACAGGCAUGUCACCUGGAGGGGGGCAGUGCAGGCCUCAUCCCCAGCCAGCUCUUGGAGGAGAAGAGGAAGGCUUUCGUUAAGAGAGAUCUGGAGCUGGUUACAACAGGUACUGUAAAUUAUAUAUGCAUUAUUCCUUAUACUGUAUUAUAACCCAUAAGGGCUGGAGGACACAAAGUAGCUUAACAUCUUCUACACAUUAAAGAUAACGCUCUCAAUUCCUAAGUUGAAAACAUUUACUCCUCGACAUUUGUCAUGGAAAUAACAUAAGGCAAGAAAAACUCAAAUGGGAUAAGGUAUGAUGAUACUUUUUUAUUGUCUGAAUGUGCAAAAAUAUGGUCCACAAAACAAAAAUAACAUGAAGCAUGAUGGAGACAAUGGAGACAAUAGAAAGGUUUGUUGCUCUGGGUGUUUUGUGUGUACACUGUGCACGUAUACGCUUUAGCCGCCUGCUUGUCCCCCAGUCAACCUUCAAGACGGUUGUUUCAUCAGUGAAGAGGGACUAGCAAUAAGCAGCAGGCUUAGAGAGAUAUGACUCUCUAAGGCAGGCUGAUUCAAUCUGUUCCUCAUUAAGCUCAUUCUAAACAGAGGGGUCAGGUCACAUUCCUACUGUAGCACACUAGGACAGAUGGUGGGUGGUGAGUCAGCCUGCAGCUACAUUCACUUCACUUGUCCCCUGUGGCUCAGUUGGUAGAGCAUGGCGCUUGCAACGCCAGGGUUGUGGGUUUGAUUCCCAUGUGGAACCAGAAAAAAAUAUGAAAAUGUAUUCACUCACUACUGUAACUCCCAGAGUGUCUAGUAAAAGUAACUUCAGUAGGUGGCAGUCAGCUAAGGUGCUAAGACUGCUCUUGGGCCUGUUGUAGACACUUGUGGGGGCUAUUCACGCAGUAUAUGAUAUAAAAUCCCAAGCUACUUGUAUUGAUUGUAUAAAGUCAAUAUAUGAAUCAAACACACAACAGUAGUGUUGCCAUGGUCCUACUGACUGAGCCAUUGGAACCAGCAUGCAGUAUAUGAUCACGAUUUCAAUGUGAUCGAGCCAUAUUUAAAAAGCAGAAGUGAUCAUUGUCAAAGGGCCAGCUCUUUUAAUGCAUUCCAUCAACAUAUUGAUCCACUGUGUCGAUAUCUACUCAACAAAGAGACACACAUCAAAAGGUUAUGUCAUGCCCAUUGUUGUCCCUGCUUCAAACAAACGUCCUCAAAGCCCACCUGCCAGCUAUACUGAAGAGACGACUGGGCAGUGACAGUGAUUCCCAGUUGUACUGUUGUAAUCAAAUGGAACUGCCAUCCUUACUGUAAUGCAUAGGCAUACUGCCCUCUGGUGGUACAUGCUAUCUAUUGCACCCUCAGCAGACCGGAUUUACGAUUCAGAACAGCAACACUGUAAAAGGCAACAGACCCUGAAUGGCAGGCGCUGUUCAUUAAAUAGAUAAAGACUCAAUUGAAGUGGGUUGAGAAGUACUGAAUGAAGACCGAACAUUUUGUGUGUUGCCUUUCUCAGGUCCUCUUUGUUCUGGAAUGGGUGGGAAGAAGAAAAAAAAGAUGAUGUAUUUAACGACCAAAAAUGCAGGUACGUUUUUUGCACCAAAAUGCCAAUUUGUAAACGUAACAAUGUUUGAAACUGCUGCGAAUGUAGUCUUUACUUGUAAACAUUGUUAGACAAAAGUGUAAACUCUUGUCAAUGCAGUAUGCUAGAUUGUGUAUGUGCAGCAUUAAUUAGAUUAGGUAAAGUAAUACCGUUAGUAAUGCGGGUAUCUGAUAUGAAUAUGUUGACUGUUCAGAGUUUGAUCGGCACGAGCUGAGGAUCUACGAGGAGGUGGCCAAGGUUUCCCCUUUCCGUCGGAAGACGUUGGUUCUGAUUGGAGCACAGGGAGUGGGCCGCCGUAGUCUGAAGAACAAACUGUUGGUGUCAGACCCCAUGCGCUAUGGGACCACCAUCCCCUGUGAGUAGUACUAACGUUCAACACUGACAGAGCCACUAACACUGACACUUUGAUUUACUCUGGUUUUCUGUAAUCUAUGCCAUAUUAGAAAAGUAUACAAAAAAACAUAAACAAUUAAAAAAUACAAAUACGGUAUACACAUUUCUAUGAGAUACAAAGACUACAUUUGUGAUUCUGUGUGCGUUGUUCAGCACUGUAUUUGUCGGUUGCUAUACCUUAAUGUACGUAACCAAACAACAACCAUCAAUCUGUCUUUAUCACCAGUUACCUCGAGGAAACCCAAGAUGGAUGAGAAGGAUGGACAGAUGUACUCGUUCAUGACUCGCAGUGAGAUGGAUUUGGACAUUAAGAACGGGCGCUUCCUGGAGCACGGCGAGUACGACGGGAACCUCUAUGGCACCAAAAUCAACUCCAUCCACGAGGUGGUGGAUGCUGGCAAGAUCUGCAUCCUGGAUGUCAACCCACAGGUAGACUAUAGUAUCUGGGGAUCUUUGUUCAUUCAGAUAUUAUCCUCUAUAAAAAAAAAAUGGUAUCAAUGUCCAGGGAAGAGGUUGAUCUUUACCGUUUUUUAUUUUAAAGGACAACUGAAUUCUGUCCCCCCUUCGUAUUUUAUUGUUUUGUUGAGAUUGUUGGCUGCAUUACCACUAUGCCAAACUUCGGCACAUAGAUCAGUAAAGUAAUAGGGUUAAUAUUAUCCCGAGUGGCGCAGUGGUCUAAGGCGCUGCAUCGCAGUGCUAGCUGUGCCACUAGAGAUCCUGGUUCGAAUCCAGGCUCUGUCGUAGCCGGCCGCGACCUGGAGACCCAUGGGGCGGCGCACAAUUGGCCCAGUGUCGUCCAGGGUAGGGGAGGGAAUGGCCGGCAGGGAUGUAGCUCAGUUGGUAGAGCAUGGCGUUUGCAAUGCCAGGGUUGUGGGUUCGAUUCCCAUGGGGGGCCAGUAUGAAAAAAUUAUGUAUGCACUCACUAACUGUAAGUCGCUCUGGAUAAGAGCGUCUGCUAAAUGACUAAGACAUAAAUGUAAUAUAUAAUGUUCUCAUAGUUUAACUAAAGCCAGAGAUUGAAUUACAGAGCUGAAACUGAAGGAAUGGAAUCCUUUAAGGAGACACAUUUUCAAGUGAUUCAUGGCCAAUUUGAUUAGCUCGUUACGUCAUUAGGAUCUAAUAAUAAUAUAUUAUUACAGCUACUUUUCAACUAUUGAAUUCCUUGCUGCAGGCACUUAAGGUCCUGCGGACGUCAGAGUUCCUUCCCUACGUGGUGUUUAUUGAGGCUCCAGAUUAUGAGGUCCUCAAAGCCAUGAAUAAGUCUGCCAAAGAAGCCGGCGUGAUGACCAAACAGUUAACGGUGAGUCCCAGACAGACUGGACAGUUGUAUUACAGCUACAUCAUUGGUCCUGUUACUGUUAGCAGACCAUGUUGUUAGACACUCAGUAAAAUGUAGGGUUGGUAUGUUCAAAAUGCAUUAACCCUAGCAAUUCAUCAUCUUUAAUAAGCCCAUUCAUGCCAAUUAAUUUCUGACUGUGGACCACCAAUCUCAGUGUUUACAUCGUCCCUUGUUACCUUCCCAGUCAUGCCAUGGGAUCAGUUUGGCCUUUUAGAUCACAAUCAAUAAGAUUGUAUGGACAGGGAGGAUCUGAUCCUAGAUCAGCACGUCUACUCUGAGAUGCUUUUUGAAUGGGCCCAAUUAUUCAUACGCAAACAAGUCAUAGUUGUCCAUGAUGACCACUAUCAUCACCCUGUUGUUCUUCCCAUGCAGGACUCAGAGCUGAAGAGGACAGUGGAUGAGAGCGAGAGGAUCCAGCGGGCCUACGGACAUUACUUUGACCUGAACAUCAUCAACGACAGCCUGGAGGGGGCCUUCUGCGGCCUGAAGACGGCGCUGGAGAGACUGGGCUCAGAGCAGCAGUGGGUUCCUGUCAGCUGGGUCUUCUAA